GAAAUGUCGUAAAAUGGUCGUAAAUAUGUGUUUGCGUUUUGUUUUGUUGAAAUGUCGUAAAAUGGUCGUAAAUAUGUGGUUAUGUUUUGUUUUGUUAAGUUUCGGUUUCGUUACUUCAUAAAAGAAAAAAAAUAAAGAGGCGUGUUCUCAAGCCAGCUGUUCCCUCAGGCCCAGAAUCGUCGUUUUCAGGAUGGAGUCGAGCGUUUCUAAAUUAAUCACCGAGAUUUUGUGCGAAAACCACGGCUGUCUGGACUUCGAGCAGCUGAACGAGCUCGCGCAAAACAAUUUCGGCUUCAAGGCAGAAGAGUUGCGGUCCGUUCUCUUCGACGACGGUAAAAUAGCGAUUCGAGAGGGCAAACAGCAGGUCCUGCCUGGCGGAGACGAGCUCAGGCCAGACAGCCUGGUUGUGGCUAAAACUACCCUGAGGCUUUGUCAGAGAAAGCCCGGAGAGUGCUCGGGGUGUCAUGGCUUACACCUGUGCAGGUAUUAUGUUUGCGGAGGAUGCACGUAUGGAGAAAGGUGUAAAAAUUCACACAGUCUGGCUACUCCGUACAAUGCAACACUUUUGAAAAGAAGUGGUCUUCAGGGUCUGACGGAGAAACAGCUGUUCCAGCUGUUGCUGCAGAAUGAUCCAUUUCUGCUUCCCGAGAUAUGCCCACAUUACAACAAGGGUGACGGUCCGUUUGGCUCCUGCAAGUUCACCACCUCCUGCACAAAGCUCCAUGCCUGCCAGCACUUCUUCCAGGGUCACUGUAGAUUUGGAGCUUCGUGCAAGAGAGCCCACUGUAUUGACGCACGCGCAAUGAAGCUUUUUCAGAAAUUCAGCCCAGAGAACGUUCAAAACCUUUACAAGAUCUACAGAAAUAAAUUAAUCAUCAUGGACCAACAGUCCAGGCAGGCUGUUGUAGUCCCAAUGCUUUCAAAGAUGAAGGUCAGUGUUCAGACACUGCCCACCAACCCUGCAUCUCCCACCAAAGCCAAACCUACAAGUGAUGCUGAGAGGAAUGAAAUCUGCUUGUUCAAUAUUCGAACUAACUGCAGUUUCAGAGAGAGUUGUGUCCGUGUCCACUGGCACCUGCCUUACAAAUGGGAGGUUUCCGACACAAACGGCAUGACUUGGAAAGACGUGCCCGAUAUGGAAGAUGUUGAGAAAGCGUUCUGUGACCCAGCACGUGAUACAAGCUGCGUGGAUCAACAACUGCAUACUGCAGGAUUUUUCAGAACAGUUUUUCUGGGAUCUGCGUCUAACAUUAAGCCAUGUGUUGACUUUAAAACAAUGUCCUAUGGAGGGUCUCCGGUUCGUCGCCUGUCCACGGCCUCUUCUGUCUUACAUCCCCCCCACUUCAUCCUGACAACACAGUGGGUUUGGUACUGGAAGGAUGAGAACGGGUCAUGGCUGGAGUAUGGAAAGGGUGAUGGAGCCACAGUCAAUUCUCAGACACUUGAGAAGCUGUACCUGGAAAACAGCGACUCUAAGACUUCUUUCCAAGCUGGCAAACAUCAGUACCAUCUCUACUUUAAAGGUGCAGCGGGAAGYCAGCAGAUGUUUCAGGAGAAUAUUCAGUACAAAACCAAGAGAGAGGUCAGGCGGAGGCCUCGCUUUGUGUCUGCCGAUGAUGUGAACAAGCUCAAAUGUGCACCAUCACAGAGCUCCAGCAGCUCUUCCACAGCUGAAAGCAUCCCAUCACACUGGGAUAAGACAAAUCUGCCUGAUUUGGGAUACAAGCUUGUGCCUCUUUCCAAUUCUCCUAAAGAGCUCAAUAUGAUUGAGAUGCUGUUCAAACGCACCCUGCCGCUCAGUAAAAUUACCAGCAUUCAAAGGAUUCAGAACCCAUCUUUGUGGAAAAUCUUUUAUUGGCAGAAGGAGCAGAUGCAGAAGAGGAAUGGAGGGAAACCUGUGGAUGAAAGAUACUUGUUCCAUGGAACAGAUGAGACCCUGGUUGAUGCCAUUUGUGAUCAGAAUUUUGAUUGGAGAAUGUGUGGGGUCCAUGGAACAGCCUACGGCAAAGGGAGCUACUUUGCCAGAGAUGCGUCCUACUCAGACAGAUACUCCAGAGCGAAAGGGAGUCUGAACAAGAUCAUGUUUGUGGCUCUGGUCCUGGUKGGGGAAUACACGCUUGGAAAGACGAGCUACGUGCGACCACCUCUGAAGGAAGGCAGCAGCACUUUCUACGACAGCUGCGUUAACUCCAUGAGUGACCCUGGCAUAUUUGUUCUCUUUGAAAAACAGCAGAUUUAUCCAGAAUAUAUUAUUAAGUAUGUGUAAAUAGUUUUGUAAGGAAAACUUCAGUGUUUUCCUUUGAGAGGGAAAAAAAAAACCCUCCAGCCAGGGAUCUCUCGUAGAUUUUCUGGUAACAGUGAAAGGUUUGAAGUUCAUAAAAGUCUUAUCUUUAAUCGCUGAGGCUGCCUAUUGUGUAAAGACCCAUCACUACAUUUAUAUUCUCUCUUUACACCUAACUUAAAUCUCUGUAUUUAGUUUUCCUUGCUUGUGAGCUUAGGUUUUCUCUGAGCAAAUACACAUUUCUUAUAGUGAAAAAGACUUCCAACAGGCACACUGAUAAAAUCUUCUCUACGAGUUCUUUUUUCUUUUUUUUUUUGUAAAACAUAAAGAGCUGAUGUAGUUCUCCUGUUGACUGGGUCGUAGUAUUUUAUUCAGACCAGUGCUAGGUGAGGUUGAGGUCCUAAUUUGUUUGCCUACUUACCAGUUCUCCAAGCAUUUGCAGAUAUAUGACAUGUCUGGACCCUUUUUAAUAUAUAUAUAUAAAACUGCUUUUAACACAAAUAUGAUCAUUUGAUCAAAAGGUUGCCUAUAAUAAAAUGGAGUAGACUUUAGGAGUACAGUUACCUCCACAGGCACCAGUAAACCUCUAGAUACUGUGAUUUUAUGAGCUGUUUGAAGGUUUGGAUUCACUUUCUGCUGUGUCACUGUGAAGUGAUUCUUUCAGCAGCACAAAUUUAAGAAAACAUUUGGGGUAAAAAAAAAGUAAAAAUGCUUAAUUUUUUUUGCUUAAAACCAAUUUAAGUACUAGCUAGUGCUCUUGUUCAAUAAAAAUUGUGCUAAUCACUUAUUAUGGCUUGAUGGAAGCUAAAGUUUCAUGUUCUAUAACUUAAAUAUUGUUCUAAUUUUUUUUUAGAUCAAAGGAGCAAAAAAAAAAAGGUUAGACUCAGUUUUGUUGUUUAGGCCCGGUUGUGGUGGUUCUUUUUUUUUCUUUCGGAGAAUGUUUGGGAAAAAACGAGUGUUUAAGAGGGAACUAGCAUUAUAUGUAAAGGACUCCWGAUUGUUACUAAAUAAAGUCAUAAAUGACCAAAAUUA